UUGCUUUGAAGACGAAAAAGUUUUUUCCUUCUAAAGCAGAAUCACUCAAGGGGAUGAGACUGGAUAAAUCGGGAAAUUAUCACACAGAAGAGAUUUUGUACUCCCAAUCUUUGACAGCAGGUACUACAUCUGAAGAUACAUUCAAUUCAAUAUCAAAUUUUGUUGAAAAUAAUGAUUUGGAUUGGAAGAAACUCGUUGGACUUUGAACAGACGGGGCAUCUCGCAAUGAUAAGUGAACGAUCGGGC